CAGGAAUCAGCUGUAACUGUGCCUGUUUAUUAUCCAUCACCUAAUGUGAGUCGACCAGCUUCACAGUUGACUGAAGAGGAACAAGUUAAAAUUGCCAAAAGAAUUGGUCUUAUUCAUCAUCUUCCAACUGGUAUUUAUGAUGGAAGCAAGAAGAACAGAGAAUGUGUUAUUUGUAUGGGAGAGUUCAUAAUAGGUGAUCCUGUACGUUUCUUGCCAUGCAUGCAUAUCUAUCACACUGACUGCAUUGACGAUUGGCUGAUGAGAUCAUUUAUAUGUCCAUCCUGUAUGGAACCUGUGGAUGCUGCCCUUUUAGCAACUUACCAAAACAACUGAUGAGUAAAAUUAUAAAAGUGAUAUUAAAAAUAUCAAUCAUUUUACGGUGAAUUCAAGUUCAGUGUGCAUGAAGAAACAACUGCUGGCCAGUUAAGUUUUUUGAGUAUUGAAACAUUGACGAUGAAUUUAUUUCUUAGGAAGUUGAAACACAUUACGUACAGUACAUUGUAAAAGAUGACUUGAAUAAGGAAAAAAGUUAGGCAUUUGCUUCAAGUAUUAUUGUGUCGAUGAAUCUGAACCACUAUUUCAAACAUAAAUGAGGAAUGAUUGCAGUUGGUUAUCUACAAUAGAAAUUGGAACAGUUACUGUUACAGUAAAAAUGAGGAGGUAUAUAGUAUCUUAAUUUCAAUUUUUAAAUUAUGUACAUUUAAAAGAGGACAAUUUUCUUGUGGAAGAAACUGUUAAUGUAUAGAUAAAAUACUUCAACGGAUACAGUUAAAGAACCUAAAAGCCAUUUAAAUGAUGCAAAAGAUCUGAUAUUAGGAGAAAAAUAUAUUCUUGCUCUGGAUAUACAUAUAAACUCAUGCUGCUAUCUUAUAUCCCAUUUUCUUCUUAUUCAAGCAUUGCUAAAUAUGUUUCAAAAUAGAUUCCUAUUAAAUCAAUAUCCUACCCUGUAUUGGAAUGUUAAAAAAAAAAAAAAUGUUUUUGCAUUGUUGGAGUGACCAUGCAAAAUUGCUGUUAGUUCUCAUAAUUUUUAAAA